AUGUGUUCCUGGCCCCUACAUCAACUUGAUGUCAAAAAUGCUUUCCUCAACGGCUAUUUAUCUAAGCCGAUCUUUAUGGAGCAGCUACCUGGCUUCAUUGAUCCCUUAUAUCCAAAUCAUGUAUGCCGUCUUAAGAAAGCUCUCUAUGGUCUUCGUCAAGCCCCUCUGGCCUGGUAUCAUCGUCUUCGGAAUUUUUUGUGCACUCUUGGAUUUAUUUGCAGUACUGCUGACACAUCUUUAUUUGUUCUUCGACGAAAGUCUGUACUCAUCUAUCUAUUAGUAUAUGUUGAUGAUAUAGUUGUCAUAGGAAACGACAAUGCUGCAGUUUCUUCUCUAUUGUCUCGCCUGCGCACCGAAUUUUCCAUUAAGGAUCUUGGGCGUCUGGGGUACUUUCUUGGCUUGGAAGUUUCAUACAACUCUUCUGGUCUCUUCCUCAGUCAGUGUAAAUAUGCCCGCGAUAUUCUCGCCCGCGCAGACUUGCUUGAUUCCAAACAAGUCUCCACUCCUCUGGCUCCCGGCGCUACUUUUACAGCUGUUGGUUCUGCUUUUCAUGAUCCUACAUUAUAUCGCUCAUUGGUUGGUGCUCUUCAAUAUUUAACAAUCACGCGCCCUGACCUUGCUUACUCUGUUAAUACUGUCAGCCAAUUUCAGCAGCACCCUACGCUUGAGCAUUUUCAGGCUGUCAAACGUAUUUUAAGGUAUGUUAAAGGCACUCUCAGUUUCGGUCUAUCUUUCUCACCAGGGCAAUAUGGUAUUCAUGGAUAUUCGGAUGCUGAUUGGGAACGUUGCAUUGACACUCGACGUUCAACGUAUGGAUAUGCCAUUUUUUUAGGUCCAAAUCUUAUCUCAUGGAGUGCGAAGAAGCAACCAACAGUCUCUCGCUCCAGCUGCGAAUCUGAAUACAGGGCUCUUGCUAAUACAGCAUCAGAACUUAUCUGGGUUACUCACCUCCUUCGAGACCUUCACGCUUCUCCGGCUUCUCCUCCAGUGCUCCUUUGUGACAACAGAAGUGCACUGUUCCUCAGCCAGAAUCCAGUCUCUCACAAGCGCGCCAAGCACCUCGAUAUCGACUGUCACUUUGUGCGAGAAUUAGUCGAAUAUGGACGUCUGAUUACUCAGUUUGUUCCGUCUUCGCUCCAGCUUGCCGAUAUUUUCACAAAAAGUCUUCAUCGACAAGCCUAUGAAAUGUUCAGGUCCAAGCUUCGCGUUUCCUACAAUCCCACGCUCUGCUUGCGGGGGCGUGCUAGCGAUAAUUAUGUUAAUUAA